AUCUGUAACCCACUGAGCGAGGCCAGGGAUCGAACUGCAACCUCACGGUUCCCAGUCAGAUUUGUUUCUCCUGUGCCACGACCGGAACUCCUGCUGGGUCUUCUUUGCCAGAAGACAUCCUUCCUCUCUGUCUGGGGGCGAGCCCCCCCAUUGCCUGAGGAACCUGCAACGGUCCCCCUCUAAGAGCCGUCUUGCCUGGAGACAGACCUAAUCACGCAUCGAAGCGGGAAGGCGCUGGUCUGGAGACGGGGAGUGGGACUGGACCCUCUCAACUGCCUGUCGCUGCCCCACAGUGACCUGUCGGUGGAGGCUGCUGACCCAGGGGGGCUAGGGGCUCCCCAAGGGCUCCGUCCUGCCUGCCUGUCCCCAAGCAGCUCUGCGGUUCCUCUGCUCCCGUGAGCGGGGGCGUCUCAGCCCCAGUGUCAGACUUGGAAGGUCUGUCCCUCCUGGUAGGAAGGAAAUUGGGUUUGUUUUGAGCACCAGUGUUGAAGUCAGUCCUGAAAAUCUUGGGCCCGAUGCUGUUUUCCUUCCAUUUGAUCUUUGCAUCCGGUUCCCAGAAGUGGAGCCCUGCUGCUGGCAGGGUCACAGCAGCCCUCAGUCCCCUGGGUGGGGACGAAGUUCUGUUUGACGGUUCGCAGAGGUGACGUCCCCCUCUCGUCCCUGGCCUUUUAUAAAGAGGAGCUGUGAGCUGGCAGCAGCCGCCCGUCAGGCUGCGGGGCUGAGGCUGAGGGACAGCAGCUACAAGGUGGACCUGAGCGCCAUGGGCUGCCGGGGGUCGGGCCUGGGGAAGACAAAGGCCUGUCUGGUGCCGGGGCUGGCCCUCUGCCUCCUGCUGGGGCCUCUGGCAGGGGCCAAGCCUGUGCAGGAUGACAGAGACCCCUACGCCGAACCGCCGGCCCUGCCAUACUGGCCUUUCUCCACCUCCGACUUCUGGAGCUACGUGCAGCACCUCCAGGCCCUGGGCGCCUACCCCCAGCUGGAGGACAUGGCCCGCGUCUUCUUCGCCCACUUCCCCCUGGGGACCACCCUGGGCUUCCACGCCGCCUACCGGGAGGAGUGACGUCAGGGCGGCAGAGUGACGAGGGCGGGGGCCCCACCCUGAGGGAGUUGGGCAGACCCCGCACUCAAUAAACGCCGGACUUAAGCGCA